AUGUCUCAACGGGAGCUUAAGGCGCGCAAGAGGACGGAUUAUGGUUACAUCCUAGAAUACAGAACAAGAUGGUCAGACAACGAUAUGUACGAUCACAUGAAUAACUCAAUUUACAACUUCUUAUACGAUUCGGUGGUAAACUCCUAUCUGAUUAACGAAUGUGGUCUUCAUCCUCCAAGUUCAGAUCAGUACGGAUUGGUCGUCCAUUCUCAUGGAGACUUCUUUGGGUCUAUUGCCUUUCCUGCUGUAGCCGAGCUUUGUCUUCGGGUCAAUAAGCUCGGUAAAAGCAGUGUCACGUAUGAGAUCGCCUUGUUCGAACGAGGGGUUGAAGAAGUCAAAAGUAUCGGUCAACUCAUCCACGUUUUCGUUGACAGGAAGACUGGGCGACCCUCGCCCAAUGGCCUCAAUAGCAACCUCAAGGAAGGUCUACAGAAGAUUCUAGCGAAACAAUCGAAACUUUAA